AUGCAUCUCAUAAAGGUCCCGUGCUCGUCGGCCAAUAUAGGCCCGGGCUUUGAUGUGAUCGGCCUCGCCCUAAACAUGUACCUGGAGCUCCGCGUCUCUACCAAGCCACAUCCCAACGGACCCACCGAACCAGCUCCUCUAAAUUGCACCCUAAGCUACACCGGCGUAGAUCCCGAGAGCAUCGACUUGGACCCCAACAACAAUCUCAUAACCCGCACCGCCCUGUACCUCCUCCGCUGCCACAACCAACACGGCUUCCCACCAAAUACCAGCGUCGCCAUCCACAACCCCAUCCCCCUCGGCCGAGGCCUUGGCUCCUCCGGCGCGGCAGUCGUUGCGGGCGCCCUACUCGGCAACCUCCUCGGCGGGCUCAACCUACCCAAAGCACGCAUUCUGGACUUUGUGUUGAUGGUGGAGCGGCACCCGGACAACGUGGCCGCGGCGCUGUACGGCGGCUUUGUGGGCACGUACUUGAACGAGCUGUCGCCCGAAGAUCUGGUGCGCAUCGAAGUGCCCCUGUCUGAGGUCCUGCCACAGCCCGCUGGCGGUGUGGACACGGGCCUGCGACCGCCCGUCCCACCCGUCGAUAUUGGCCAUUUCCGCCGCUUUCAGUGGAGCGCCAGCCUCAAGGCCGUGGCCAUCAUUCCCGAUUUUGAGGUCAGCACAGCCAAGGCGAGAGGGGUGUUGCCCACGACGUACUCGCGGCAGGACAUGAUCUUCAACCUCCAACGCCUCGCCCUCCUGACCACCGUGCUAGGCGACAACACGCCCAACCCAGCACUAAUCUACUCGGCGAUGCAAGACAAGAUCCACCAGCCGUACCGCGCCGGCCUGAUCCCCGCGCUGCCCAACAUCAUCAGCUCCAUCACACCCGCCACGCACAAGGGUCUCUGCGGGAUAUGCCUGUCCGGCGCCGGCCCGACCAUCCUGGCGCUGGCGACGGAGAACUUUGAAGCCAUUGCACAGGCGGCGAUCGCAAAGUUCAAGGAGGAAGGAGGCAUUAACUGCGAGUGGAUGCUAUUGGAGCCUGCGGAGGAUGGCUCAACCGUCGUAGAGAUACCAGAUCAAUAG